UAAUGAAUAAUUAUUUACAUUAAUAAAAAAAAGUUUUCUGGUGUCUUCUGAGGAAAAAAAUAUCAUCAAAAAUAUCCAAGCUAGAUAUGCUGAUUCACUUGCAACCGGAGCUGAUAGAAAAAGUAAACAAACAUAUCGUGACGAUAAUAAAAAUGCCGGAGACGUGUUACCAAGCUCACAAAUGCCUGGAGAAUUCCGAGGCAGUGAUGACGUUACAGAAGGCAGCUGAGGCUUACAAUUCUUCCUUAUAUCAACUAGCAGUAACGCACUACAAAUCCGCAAUAGUGUUAUUAAAGAGUACUUCAGACUACGAGGGAUCUCCUUUGAUUUCCGUGAUCCAGUACUUGAUCUGCAAGUGUUUGAUCAAGACAUCGCAGUUGGCUUCGUUGAUCGAAGCCAAGGACACGUUGAUAAAUUUAAUAGAAACUACUGAUAGACUUCCGAUGCUUUACUACCUGCUGAGUAGUCUUUACAUCAAGACCUUCUGCUAUAAAGAAGCUGAUAAGUUAAUAAAUUAUUGCUUGUCAAUUUUAAACAGCUCCACAAGUAUCACGAGCUUCAACAUCCCGACUACCAACGAAGUAAUUCCUGAGUCUACUUUUGAAGAGUUGUCCAGGUUACUUGUCCAGUUAAAGGACGAGUGCUCCGGCUGGCAUCGACCCGACGCAAUUUGCUUCAUGAAAAAUUGUAACUCUACUUCUUUGAGCAAUCUUCUAGAUCGCGAUAUUUAUUUCAAGUCGCCUGCUUUUAAUGGACUCGUUGUUGUUACUUGCAACAAUAAUAUUAACCCGUGUGUUUUUAAUUUUCAUAUCAAUUGCUGGAAGCUUAAAAAAGAAGAAUUGUCCCCUAAUAUUAAAUUAUCUGAUAAGGAUUUUUUAAACUGGAAAUGUUUCACUCCUAAUUGCGAUAAUUUUGACCAGUCUAGUAUUAUAAGAAAAAUUGAUAUUUAUAAUAGUGAUAAUACUAUUAAAUCUCAUGUUGCUUUGCCGGAAAAAAUUGUCAAGCAGCAGCAGACGCCUAAAGGCGCUGUUCGGAAGCAGAAAAUUAAUAAUCAUAAAAUUACACCUAAAGUUACACGGCCGAGGAAUAUUAGUAAUAUUAUAAGCAAAAGUGAUAAUCUAAGUACAAAUGUUAAAAAUAAGUAUAAGAAAAUUAGGAAUAAUGAAGAGAUGGUGUUGAUAUCGCAUUUGAUUAAAUUAAUACAGAAUAAUCAUGAAAUAUUAAUAUCACAUUUAAUUAAAUUAAUACAGGUGCGAAAUUCCAACUAUGGAAUUGAGCAGGGAAAAGAUUGGCGACCUGAUCUAUCCUACUACGGAGAUUCUUCAAUGAUAGUCAGCGAAGAUAUGUACCCCGAAAUUAUCGACAUAGAAGACGAAGGCCUGAAGCAGAAGAAGGAUUUUCUAUAUUCCUAUUUUUACGAGUACGUAUCCUGCAACGCUCCAGUAAAAAAGGACACUUUAAUGAAGAAAUGGGUAGAAGCCAAGACUCUGAUCUCUAACUGCGAGUUUAUUUUGUACGAAUUAAAGUGUCCUACUGUUGUAGAGUUUCUGUUAAAGUCCAUGAAGUUCGCUAUGGUAGGAGAGUAUAUUUGCACGCCGGCGACUCUUCCGGAUGCUUAUAAGCGAGUCAGUGAUAAUGUUUGCGGGAUUUUAAAGUGUUUGAUGAAAAAAGGCGGGGAUAGUGAUUCUGAUGAUGAUUUAGUCAAUGAGGAAUUUUUGAAGAGUUUAAAUUCUUUUGAUUCUUCUGUUGGGGUUGAUCAUACUGAUGAUUCUACAGCUAAUGGUUUUAAAAGCCAAAAAAUUGAUGAUUUUAAAAAUCAGAAAAUUAAUGAGAUUAAUAAUAUGUUAUCCUCAGAUUACGCCAGUAAAAAAAAUGUCUUACUAUUUAACAUCCGCUUAGCAAGAAAUGAAUAUUUAAUAAUAGAUAAAUUACAAACAGUAUUGAUAUACUCAACUGGAACAAUGUUACCAUUGAGUAACGCUGAAUGGAUGAUGCCUAUUGAGAAAAUGGAAAAAUUAUGUUUUGACUUAGACAAUGAUUACUCAAAAAAGUUAGAGUUAUUAAAUGACGAGGAGUAUUGCAAGGCUAUUGAGAGUAUUAGUUGUAUUGGUAAUGUCUUACCGCAUUUGCCUAAAAGAGAUUUGACGUUGCUGAUACAAAUUGCUUUUAACUUGUAUCGCGAUAAUUUGCGUCGGGUUGAUCCGAGCUUUAAUCAAGCUCCGGGUUAUCCUCCGGGGUUUAACCAAACAAGCUUGUAUGAAAAUCCUUUGAUUUAUCAGCAGAGACCUCAAUUUUGGAAUCAAAUUUCUUCUCCAGCUAAUUUUAAUUCUAAUUAUCAACAAUUUCUUCCGAGAAAUAAUCCAGUUUAUCCUGCAUGGAAUUCUAAAUUGUUUGGUGGUAAUAUUAAUAAUAAUAAUAAUAAUAAUAAUAAUAUUAGUAAUAAUAAUAUUAAUGACCAAAAUAAUAUUAAUGGUCAGUGGAGUCUUAAAGCAACUGAUAAUAAAAUUGAUUUAAUUGAUAUUAAUUCGAAAAAGGAAUUUAUUAAUUAUGAUGAAAUUAAUUCUAAAGGUAGUUUGAGUGAUAUGAAGGAAAAAACUCAUGCUUUUAAUUAUACUGAGCUUCCAGAGUCGCUAAAUAAUGAUAAAGUCCACCAAGUAUUAAAUUAUAAUUGUGAGGAGGAUCUUGCAAAAGUUUUGGAGGAUUGGAAAUCUAUUUGGGAAGAUAAGAUUGAUUUUAAAGAGAGUGAAUACAGUGAAUUUAAAGUUUAUAAAGAAGAAAUGGGUGGAGAUAAAAAAGAGGUGGAAGAAGAAAUGGGAGGUGAGUUGAAGGAAGAAAUAGGGAAUAAGAAGUCGCAUUCGAUGGAUAAAUUACUGAGAGAAUUAAGAGCGAAGCAUAGAGGAGUUUUGGAGUAUGAUUUACUGUACUGUGUUGAAGCGGUUAGAAAGAAGUAUAAUGGUUCGUUGUCUGGGUUGACUUUUGCGGAGAUUAUUGGGGAAGUUGAGAAGCUACUGCCGGGAAGGGAGAGAUUGCAGCUGAGGAAUUAUGAUAGGAGGAUUUUUAGUAAGAAGCAGGUGAAGAAGUUGGAGAAGGUUGAGGGGACUAAGUCGGCAAAUUCGCAAAAAGUUGAGAAGAAAUCAACUAGCAAGAGCAAUCCUUGGGCUACACUUGACGGCUAUCAGUGGACUAACGAAGAUUUUGGAGAAAAUGAAUGUAUUAUCUGCACGGAAGCUAUCAUUAAAUUUGGUAAAGUCCCUUCUUAUACUCUGAGAUGCAAACACACCUUCCAUAAAAAAUGCAUCAAAAAUUGGUUUAACCAAAAUCAGUCAUGCCCUAUUUGUCGUAUCCACUGUAUAAUCGACGACGAGUUCCCACCUUUGUCUUAAUCACUAUUUCUUCUUAAAAAAAUUUAUUUUAUUUUAAUAUUAAAAACUUCUCUUUCAUUAUGUUUAAGUAUUAUUUUUUUUUUUUACUUAAAAAAAAAAUUAUUUUUAUAUAUUUGAGGUAUGAUUAAGUAUAAUAUUUACA